AUCCUGACAGCAAGUGGAGAUGGAACUUGCGCUCUGUGGGAUGUUGAAAGUGGGCAGCUUCUACAGAGUUUCCAUGGUCAUGGAGCUGAUGUCCUGUGCCUGGACUUGGCCCCUUCUGAAACGGGAAAUACAUUUGUCUCUGGGGGAUGUGACAAGAAAGCCAUGGUUUGGGAUAUGCGGUCUGGUCAGUGCAUCCAGUCAUUUGAAACCCACGAUUCAGAUAUCAACAGUGUCAGAUACUACCCAAGUGGAGAUGCUUUUGCCUCUGGUUCAGACGAUGCCACGUGUCGUUUAUAUGACCUUCGUGCAGACAGAGAAGUAGCAAUUUAUUCCAAAGAGAGCAUCAUUUUUGGAGCAUCCAGUGUGGACUUUUCUCUCAGCGGUCGCCUACUGUUUGCAGGCUAUAAUGAUUACACCAUAAAUGUCUGGGAUGUGCUGAAAGGGUCCCGUGUGUCCAUUCUGUUUGGACACGAAAAUCGUGUCAGCACCUUGCGAGUCUCUCCCGAUGGGACGGCGUUCUGCUCGGGCUCCUGGGACCACACUCUCCGGAUCUGGGCUUAACCUGAGAUCCUCUAUGCAGAAGCAAAUGAAGAUUGAAACCCUGGACUACAAAAACUGCAUAAAAAAGCCACCACUCAAAAUCAAAUAUUCGCUACACUACAAAAGAGUGACAUUGAACCCACAGAUUAACACAACUAGGUAGAGAAUGUAGUCUGCUUGAACACAUAGCAAACAUCAACUUGUAGUAAAAUGAAAUGUUUUUAAUUCUGUUUUGAAACUAUCUUCUUUUAUUAGAACUAGUUUAGAUAAUUAUAAAGGGACUUUUCUCUGAAGUCACCUAUGUCAUAGAAUUGGGUAUUUUAGUGCACAUUAUGUAUUUAUUUGCAUGAAUUGAGUUUCUUUUUAA